AUGGCAACCACUGACAAACUUCCAAAGCGCGACACCCUGACACAAGACGAUCCGCAAAACGAAGACUUCUUCGGCCCACGACCACCACCCGGCUAUUCAGCGCUGCGAGCAGCCACAUCGCAAAUCCUGCUGCCACUGACAGUAUCUAACAAGUGCGGACAAGCGUUUCGGUGGCGAUGCAACAAGGUCUGGGAACCUCGGAGCGGUAGCAUUGGUCCAGAAUACGACGAGCAAAUCGAAUGGUCGCUCUGUCUUGCCGAUCGGGUAGUACUUCUACGUCAAGAUGAACAUCGUGGGUUUCUGUACCACAAAACGUUGCUUCCAGCUGCAAGUUCUUGCUCAACCAACAUCGAACGGGACUUGGAGAUCAGCAGAGAGACGACUCGCUGGCUGACUGACUACCUGAGCCUCGACGUGCCGCUCGAAUCCUUGUAUGCAGAGUGGGCGGAAAAGGAUUCAGUGUUUGCACGCUUUGCAACAAGGUUCUCUGGCCUACGCAUGCUUAGGCAGGAUCCGUGGGAAUGCCUCUGCGCAUUUGUGUGUAGCUCAAACAACAACAUCGCAAGGAUUGGACAGAUGGUGCAGAACUUAUGUACGCAUUUCUCACCGGUGCUGCUCGAGUAUUCGUAUCCCCCUCCACCGGCGUCCGUUCGGGCUUUAGAGUCGAUCAAGACCGAAGCCGAUGGAGAUGCGAGCAAACAAAACCAUGUCGAGCAGGGACAAGUCAAGAUCGCAUUUCACCCAUUCCCACCUGCGGAAGCUUUGGCAAAGCCAGGAGUGGAAGAAAAACUGCGAGAGCUCGGGUUUGGGUAUCGAGCAAAAUAUCUCGCUAGGACGGCACAGAUGCUGUAUGCAACGCAUGGCGGCCAAAAGACAACACCGCGCCCACAAAAGACGGCGGAACACUUGGACCAGACACAUUGGCUAUAUGGUAUCAAAGCUGAAGAGGACAUCUUUUCGACGGGCCAACAGCCAAGUCCGCCCAAUUCAGCUCCAGAUGAUGCCUUGAUAGAACCAAACUCAGAACCGGUGCAGAAGCGUGCGCGCCGAAGCCGAUCUACAGCCCAAGCUUGCAGCAAUCAUUCUGCAGUCAAACCUCUGUUGACUGAAAAAGUGGAACAACAUCAAUUCGAUUCAGUUCGAUCUUACCUGCAACACCUGCGCACACUUUCAUACCGUGAAGCUCGCGACCAGCUCAUCCAAUUUCCUGGUAUUGGGCCUAAAGUAGCCGACUGCAUCCUGCUCAUGUCAUUGGACCAAGCGUCUUCGAUACCGGUAGAUCGACACGUUUUUCAAUUUGCAGAGAAAUGGUAUCGACUUCGUACCAAAAAGUACGAGGAGAUCGCCGAUUAUUUCCGUGAUCUUUGGGGUGACUAUGCAGGAUGGGCACAUAGCGUGUUGUUCACGGCGGAUCUGCGAUCGUUUGCCAAUUACAAGCUUAUUCAGAAGGCUGAUAAUGCACAAGGAAAGGUGGAGAGUCCAGAAGACUUGUGGGGACAAGGGCAAGAGUUGGGCUAUCCUACUCCGCCUCCAAGUCAGGUCAGCCACGAGUCAGCAUUGCCCAAGUUGGAGGCGGGUUAUUCAUCUCCCUGGGCUGCAACUUCGGAGUUGCCGCCGCAGUCGCUGAGGGAGGUGACUGCGAGCACAACACUGACAGAGAGGACUAAGACUCGACCCAAACGCAAGAGCCGACUCAGCUCCAUCGCAUAG